AUGUCCCCUGUGCGGGUGAAGCAGAGGGAGGCAGCCUCAGACUUGAACUAUUCCGCUGUGACGAAGGAAUCUGAGAUCUGCGAGGAACCCUGGAGCUUCCCAGAGGUUUUCCGGAUGCGGGUUCAGUUCUGCUCGAGAAGGCGUUUUAUCUCCCAGCGCUGCUCUCUAGACUUUUUAGAAGACAUAGUGGAAUAUGCCAGUGUACGAAGAACCAAGCAAAUAUCUGGGUCUCCAAGACACAAAAGUUUGAAGAAGAUGCACUUCAUCAAGAACAUGAGGCAGUAUGACACCAAGAACAGCAGGAUAGUGCUGAUCUGUGCUAAACGAACACUGUGUGUGGCUUUUUCUAUCCUACCUUAUGGGGAGAGUUUACGGAUCAGUGAUCUAAAAAUGGAAGGACAGAAGCAGCGACAUCCUUCUGGGGGAGUUUCAGUCUCCACUGAGAUGGUGCUUGGACUGGAAGGAGUAGAGCUGGGUGCUGAUGGCAAGGUUGUGUCCUAUGCAAAAUUCUUGUAUCCGACCAAUGCCCUAGUUGUUCGCAAAGCCGACAGCCAUAGUGCUGUUCCCUCAUGUCGAGCCAGUGCUUCACGGAGUCUUCCUGGAUCAAGAUAUAAACCUGUGACAGCAAAAACAAUACCAGCAGGAUCGGACAUUGGAAGUGAAGCUGGGGAAGCCGCAGAGUACGAUCCAAAUCUUCUGGAUGAUCCUCAGUGGCCCUGUGGAAAACAUAAACGUGUUCUCAUCUUUGCCUCCUACAUGACUACAGUCAUAGAAUAUGUGAAACCCUCGGACCUUAAAAAGGAUAUGAAUGAAACCUUUAGAGAGAAGUUUCCUCAUAUCAAGUUGACACUGAGCAAAAUUAGGAGUUUAAAGAGAGAGAUGCGGAACCUGAGUGAAGAGUGCAAUCUGGAGCCGGUUACCGUCUCCAUGGCUUACGUUUACUUUGAGAAGCUCGUCCUCCAAGGCAAACUCAACAAACAGAACCGCAAACUGUGUGCUGGUGCUUGUGUUCUGCUUGCAGCCAAGAUCAGCAGUGAUCUCAGGAAGCAUGAAGUUAAACACCUUAUAGAUAAACUAGAAGAGAGAUUUCGAUUCAACAGAAGAGAUCUCAUCGGUUUUGAGUUCACUGUCCUGGUAGCUUUGGAACUGGCUCUCUAUCUUCCCGAAAACCAAGUUUUACCUCAUUACAGACGGCUCACACAACAGUCUUAAGCGAAGCUGUGUUCUGGCUGCCAGCCAGCGGCGUUGGGGAUCGCAUCGCUGCGCGCUGCUGGUGGAGCUGCCACCGGCCCCUCUGUGCCGCGGUGUGCGUCCUGCCGUGGCUACAGCUCGCUCUGGGGUCUGCAGGCGUUACUGAACCGUCGAGGUGUGCGUUGUGGACACGUAUGCCAAGUCUGGGGGAUGGUACGAGAAGAGUUGUUGAACUUUAUUUUCUUUUGGACAUUUAAAGCACAAAUAUAUACCCAUCAGCUGUCAUGGCUGCUUAUUAUUCCUUAUUUAUCUUUUCGGUUUUACUGAAACUGUUCUUCCCUAUGAAGAAUACUAUGGUAUUGUUUCAUUUCUUUUUUUUUUAAGCUUUUAUUGUAUUCUGUGAGACUAAGGGAAGCAUCACUUCCAUUCCAGCGCACC